AUGGCUCACGCUCUCCCUCUUCCAAUUCCCUGCCCAGUCCAGCUUGGAAGUAUAAAAGGUGACUCCCUGGAAGCUCAAUUGCACGAGUAUGUCAGGCAAGGAAACUAUGUGAAAGUGAAGAAGCUUCUGAAAAAAGGUAUUUUUGUUGAUGCUGUAAAUUCCAUGGGCCAAACUUCUCUCUUCACUGCUGCAUUGCUAGGUCUUGGUAAAAUAGUGGAUGUGCUGUUGGAUUAUGGCUCAGACGCUAAUCAUCGCUGUUACGAUGGAAGCACCCCAGUCCAUGCAGCUGCUUUCUCAGGAAAUCAGUGGAUUCUUAGCAAGUUACUGGAUGAAGGCGGUGAUCUGAGAGUACAUGAUAAAGAUGGAAAAAAUCCUCAGUACUGGGCUAUGUCAGCUGGAAAAGAAAGCAGUGCUCAGAUGCUGGAAUUUAUACAGCGUUGUACAUUCCACAUGCAGACUGCCGUUCAGAAUUUUCCUUCUGAUCUACUCAGGAAGGUUGGCUCAUCAAAAGCGCUGGUCUGCAGUCCGUCUAGGUUUGGUGGUCUUGUUCAAGGAAAUGUUGACAGUCCUCUGGGUAGAUUUCUAAAAGGUGGAGAUAAUGCAACCAAGAACAUUUACAGCUUUGGUUUUGGGAAGUUUUAUCUUGCAGGCAGCAGGCAUCUAGGGUACUUGGCAUCUCUCCCUAUUAUUGGGGAAAAAGAUGUGGUUCAGGCAGAUGAUGAACCAACAUUUUCUUACCAUGUUGGACCAUGCAUGAUCAUGACAAACUUAAUGUGGGGAGGCAGCAGAGUUACGGUGAAGGAACUCAGCUUUGAGCCCCAUCAGAACUGUAGUAAACUACGCUUAGCUGAUCUUCUCAUUGCAGAGCAGGAACAUAGUAGUAAACUCCGUCAUCCUCAUUUGCUACAGUUGAUGUCUGUUUGUCUGUCUAGUGACUUGGAGAAGACCCGAUUAGUAUAUGAAAGGGUUAACUUUGGUUCUCUGCACAGCAUCCUUCAUGAAAGGCGUACAGAAUUCCCAGUACUGCACAUGGAGACAAUUUUGUAUGUGCUCCUUCAAAUUAAUGACGCUCUGCGUUUUCUACACUCCCGUGGAUUUAUCCACCGUUCAGUUACCUCUUAUGCUAUUCAAAUUGUUUCUUCUGGUGAGGCAAAGCUAUGCAACUUGGAAUACAUGAUAGAGAGCAAAGAUGGUGGAGAACACAGUGAUCUGACACGUAUUCCUGUCCCAGUCCAGCUGUAUAAGUGGUGCUCUCCUGAAGUAAUCCUUGAAAAAGUUGUCACGGUCAAAUCGGAUAUUUAUAGCUUCUGUACAGUAGUGCAGGAGGCCCUGACAGAGACCCCUCCCUGGAAGGGUGUUGAAGACUCAGUUAUUAAACAGCUCAUAAUUUCGGGACAACAGUUAGAAGCAGAUGUCAGACUUCCUAUGCCCUAUUACAGUAUCGUAAAGUCAGGGCUAGAACCUAAACAGAAGAACCGCUCCAUGAAACUUCAGGAUAUUCAAUAUAUACUGAAAAAUGACUUAAAGGACUUAACUAAGUCUCAAACUGGUCAUGCUGAUGAAAUGUCAAAAGCACAAAGACCCGCUGUUUUUGCAGAUGUGAACAUCUGUUUGGCAUCAGCUUUUAGCUACCAGAAGAGAACACAGGAAUUGCAGGGAAAAGAGGCAACCAAGGCUGGUGACUCUGCUGCCCCAAGGUACUCUCUUUUUCCUGAGGAGAAUAGUGCUUUAGUGGACCAAGAGACGUCAACCAGUCUACAGCCAGUUGCACUAGACAAAAAUUGUGAUGUAGCUUCUGAACUCCAGACGACCCUCAGUGUGAGUGAGGCGGAUGACAGCCUCUGUAGCUUUGAAAUCAAUGAAAUCUUUGCCAGUUAUCCAGAACUUCAUGAAGACUUCCUGGAAGAAGGAGCUGGAUUAGGUCAAACUCUAAAGGAUGAAAAAAGGCAGCAAAAGGAAGAAGAUAGGGCUACCCUCAGAGACCUAUAUGCAUCCCCUGGAGUGCACUGUGAGGAAAAGCCAAUUUAUGAGGAAGGUGGCUUUUCGGAAUCGCGUACAGAGUACACUACAGAAGAGGAGGAGAGGAUAAGUGAGGCCUCUGACCUGUGCAUACCGGCACAGCUGAGAGGAGAUGCUGGGAGAAGAAUGAGUAGUCUGUCCCAAAAUGAGCAGCAUGUCAGCAAAUGUGUCCUUAAUUUAAAGAUUGUUCAAAGCAUGUUGCAGCAGGCAGCGGAUUCCCUGUGCAGAACAGAGGAGAAACUGGACAAAUUAGAGGCCACUGAAAAGCAAAAGAAGCUGCUCCAGGAAAUCACAAUGAAUCAGCUUUCUAAGCAAACUUUUCAAGAAAGACACUGGAACAGAUCUAAUGAUACUUCCCAAAAUACCAAUAACCCUUUUUCUGGAGUUAAUACUUUUUUAUGGAAGGCUGUAGGUCCACCAUCAAGUGACUAUAUUCCACCACCAAUAACAUGUCAGGCACAAGGAGCAUUGGGUGGAGACAAUUUCCAAGCUGUUUCAAAGACAGCACAGGAAAUGGAGGCAAUUCAAAAUGAAAAGUGGAAGGGCUUUCAUGAGAGGAGUAAGAGUAAAAAUGAAAACAACCAUCAUGAUCUCGGCUUCAGUGUGGUGAAAAGCUUGGAUGAUCACAUAAGCCUAGACCACGAGGUAAAUGAUGGCUUGUUGGCCACGUUUCAGCAUUUACUCCCAUGUGUAUCUGUAAGAUGCAAAAAAAAGUUCAACUUGCAGUGUCAGAGAGGAGGUGAUUCACUUUCUGCAGCAAGUGGAAGUGAUGAAGAGAGGUGGUGCUAUCCGAAAUCAAGAUCUGAAAUUUACAGUACAAAAAUAAGUGAGAAGGGAAGGAUGAUGCAAUCAGAAUGGAGGACUGAAGUAAAGCAAAUGGCCAGAAGAGUGGCCUCAGGACAACUAGAACUCGGCUCUCCAUAUCCAGCCAGUGAAUGUACAUCUGAAAGUGAAGCAGAGAGUAUAAAGGAAGCCUUUCAACAUGUCACUGUUAGAGUCCAAAAAAGUCAAGACCAACAAAGAUACAGGUGGCAGACAGGUGAUAAUGUUGAGCCUUGGGAUCUGGGCAGUGAGCAUAGAUCUGAAUCUGAGGAGAGUGAUCUGGAGUCUGCAUUCAGAAGUUCUGGAGGGAGAAGUUGCCAGUCGCCAUCACAAGAUGAACAAGCAGAGUCUGGAAUAGCCAUUCAUAGGAAUUCAGUCCUUCCUCAACAAGUUGAGAAUCUCUCUAGAGGGCAUUCAAGGGAAUUACACUGUUCCCUUAAUUCAUGUCCUGAUGUGUCUGAAGAAUUCUUGACUCCUGAUGGUCACUAUUUCCUUCCUCCUACUGCUCAGGGAAGUUCAGAACUAGAGACCUCAGAUGCUGAGGGCAAAUCAGAAGAUGCUUGUGAAGGAUUUUUGCAGAAACGGUUACCUGAAGAUGCAGGAUCAGGUAUUCAGGUUUCAGGAGGAAAACUACUAUUCUGCAGCACAGCGGUGCAGAACUCUGGCAGUAACACGCUAGGAGUGAAUCAACUUGGCCAUAUGCCUGUAGCCAGUGUUGAAGCAGCACGAGAAGUGAUACUGUGGGAGCCACAGGAAGAACGCAAAGAAAAAGAUGUAUCAGUGACAGAUAUUCAAGAUUUGUCGAGUAUCCCCUACGAGCACGAGAACUACUGCAGGGAUAUAGAUUGUAAAACGCCCAGAGUGACUCAUGCACCAGUGAGCGUCAGCACUCCACUCAGCUCAGAAGAAAAAAUUCCAGUAGCCUUUGAGAAAUGCAAACACUGCCAUGGAGUAGCUUCAGAUUCUUCCUUUUGUGGUUCUCAAGAGAUCUCUUCUUCAGUGUCCAGGACAUUCACUACAGCCUAUGAGGAGGGAAGGAGCACUGAAAUUCCCUCUGUUGCUGCAGGAGUUUUCUCAUCUGAAUUGAAUGAGCCUGAUGGGUUGCCAGUAGUUGCUUCAUCCUUGAGAAGCACCAGGAAGGCAUCUGCACUCUCACAGGCAUCUAACAACUUCAUUGGUGAGCUGCCUCCACCAGCCCAAGAGCUGCUGGAUGAAAUUGAAUAUUUAAAGCAGCAAGAUUCCAUCGCUCAAGACUUUAAAGAGAAGGGAUUGAAUGACUGCGGAGUGCAAAUACAUGUUCCUGAUCAAAUUAAAAUGGAAGACAGAGAGUCAAAACAAGAAUCUGAGAGAAAUGAGAAGAGAAAUCAUAGUUUUUGGACUACGGAGUCAUUUAAUCUAGCAGAGGAAACAGAAAGGGCUCACUCCACUCUUGAUGAUAUUUUAGAAAGAAUGCUCCAUGCAGUUCCGGGAGAUGAGGAGAUCCGAGAACAACCUCAGGGACACAGUCUUGGGGCUGCAAGCCUGCAAGAUGUGGAAGAUGUUGGAAGGAAGAAGGGAGUAGAGGAAGGCGGAGCUGGGGCCAGAGGCAGAGCGCCAGAAAGCUGUGCAGGGAGUUCAGAAGACACGCAUCCUGAAGAUCAGAAAUCCCACUUACAGGAACAGCUGUCUUCACCAUUCAGGAUAAUUGUUUUGGAUCAGAGCUCUCCUACAUGAUUAAACUGGAUGGUGAACAAGUUCUAAGAUCACCUGCUUCCUGCUGCUUGUACAGUAUACAGCCUGAGAAUUGCAACCCUUUUUGGCUACGUAACCAAUUGUAAAGCUCAGACUUCCUUUAACUGCAGCAGCAAGUACAGAAGAAAAUCUAAUGCUCUACUUUGUAAUACAGUUUGUACUGGUUUUACGCCAUCAUUGCAUGUAAUGGCAGUAUCAAUAAUAUCGCAGAACUGAACUGUUCUCUGAAUAUAACAUCCU